AUGGCCGAUGAAGAAAAUUCUUCAUCUUCCUCUGAUGAAAACAAUGAUUCAACUAUUCAUCACAUCAAAGAUUCCUCCCAAUCACACUCGUCACCUUAUUACAUUCAUCCUGGUGAAAAUCCAGGAUUGGUUUUGGUCUCUCCACAAUUAAACAACAACAACUACCAUACUUGGAGUUGUGGAAUGAAGCGAGCCCUCCUUGCCAAGAACAAACUACAAUUCAUCAAUAGAAAGUUACCUCCUUUACCAGAACUUGAUCCUCUUUUUGAUGCUUGGGAACGGUGUAAUGGUCUUGUUAUCUCGUGGAUAACUCGAUCUCUCACACCUUCGAUUGCUCAAAGUGUCACUUACGUCGAAAACGCUAAGGUUCUUUGGGAAGAAUUGAAAGAACGAUUCACCAAAGGAAAUCACUUCCGCUUCUCUGAUCUUUUGCAAGAAAUUCACUCCACAAAACAAGGUGAACGAUCAAUUUCAGAAAUUUUCAAUUUUAUGAAAACUUCUUGGGAAGAUCUUGAAGAUCUCCGUCCCCUUCCUUCUUGUACCUGUCACACACCUUGCAAUUGUGCCGCUUUCAAAAUCAUCAAACAACAACGUGAUCAGGAUGAAUGUAAUAAGGUGAUGAGUGUGAUUGGGAGGAAUCUUUGA